AUGACUAUGGUUCGGAUCGGUGUUGCCCACAAUAUUUUUGAAUUAUCUUGCGUCCAUCGAAGGGAACGUGAAGAAGUUAAGAAAAAAAAAACUGCGCCGAAGAAGGAAAGAGCGAAGAAAAAUUGGCGAGAGAUGGAAUGA